ACUUAACCGGUCUCUCCCCCCUUCUCACUCUACAGCUUGACCAUCAAUCUGAUCACCCCAGCGCAAGACAUUCCUAUGGCAUCACAGUCUCCAGAUCUGUCUGUUCAGACACUCUUCAACGUGGGAGGUAAAAUAGCCCUCGUGACCGGCGGAGGAACGGGAAUCGGAAAGACAAUCGCCUCUGCGCUCGCUGUGAACGGUUGCAAGGUAUACAUCGCAGCUAGGAAUGAAGCUCGACUCAAGGAAGCAGCAGAGGAAAUAAACGCACAAGUACCGGGCAGUGUGUACCCCAUCGCUGCGAAUCUCAGCGACAAAGCCGGCGUCGAUGCUCUCAUAUCCGCCCUUGCUGCGCUGGAGCCAUCAAGAAAGCUCCACAUUCUCGUGAAUAACUCUGGCGUGGCAUGGGGUGCGCCCUUCGAUGCCGUUCCAGAGCGGAAAGGCUGGGACAAUGUCAUGGCAGUUAACGUGAAGAGCGCGUUCUACUUGACCGCAGGGCUGUCAUCAUGGCUUGCGAAGAAUUCAACGGCAUUAGAUCCUGGCCGUGUGAUUAACAUUUCAUCGAUCGCAGGCUACUCGCCCCACUCAGAAGGUUUAGUGAGCGCUGAAGGACAUGGAACUUAUAGUUAUAAUGUCAGCAAAGCAGCGCUAAACCACCUCACUUCGGUGUUGGCAGCCAAAUUGGCUCCAGAAUUGGUCACUGUCAACGCGAUUUGCCCCGGGAUGUUCCCAACUAAGAUGACAUCCUUCGCUUACAAAACAGCAGGUGAAGAUGGUAUCACCGCACGACAGCCCACCGGCAGAUUUGGUAUACCAUCUGAUAUCGCAGGUGUCGCUAUCUUCCUCUCCUCACCUGCAAGCGCCCACGUCACAGGUGCACACAUCGUACUCGAUGGCGGUUCCACGCUCUCGACCCACGGCAUCGCACCUCAGCCUAGGCUGUAACGUGGUAUGAAUGAUUUUCACGGAGAUUAAACCAAUUGACUUGCUCAACUGAUGUCAUAGAGGGCUGUGUUUGCGUGUUCCGACUCCAACCGGUCAUCAUUCGUUUCUUUUGUUAUUCUAUUCCUGGGAAUGCUGGAACUAGAGACAGAUCCAUACUUUGUAUUGGAGGAAAUCCAAAGGAGCGGUGCACCGAAGGUCGCUGCGCGAUAGGAAGCAAAUGACCAUGGAAGCUGUGGUAAUCCAUCGGAAGAAACGAGUGUCAAUCCACGAAAAAAAUGUUUAGUAUCGUGUCGAUUAUUUGAGGUCGAUACAAAUGUGUCAGUCUGUUGUACAUAUACCUAUACUUAGUGUCUCAGUGUCUUGUUCACCGGAGUGACUCAGGUCCAAUUAUCGUGACUUGAACAUGGC